AUGUAUAAAAAGGAGGAAAAGAUAGGGAGGAUAAUUACAAACUCUUUCUUUUUCUACAUUUCUUUUUCCUUCUUUGCUUCUUCACAUUCUUCUUCCUUUCUUUUUUUUUGUGCUUUAAACCUGCUCCUAUUUCCUUCUUUUUUUUAUUUUUCGUUUCUUUUACUUUGUUUUCGUCUUCAGUUUCUUCUUCGUUUCUUUUUCUGUGCUUUCCUCCUCCUCUUCUGCUUCGUUCUUUUUUUGUUUUUGUAUGCUUCUUCAUUUUCUAUGUCUUCGUCUGUUUUUUCUGUGCUUUCCUUCUCUUCUUCUUCUUUCCCUUCUCCUGUUCCUUUCUUCAAUUUAUUCGUCUUUAUUUCUCUUUAUAUACUUGCAUACUCCACCUCCCCACAUCUUUUCCUCCUUGGUGUCUUUUUUUUUUCAUUUUGGUGUUCAUGUCUUUUUCUAUGCUUUCCUCUUUUUCGUUUUCUUUCGGGUUGUCUCCUCUUUUUCCAGUUUUCUUUUCCUUUUAUUUUUUCUUCCUUUUCGAUUUCUUCAUUCCAUUUUCUAAAAUUUUCCUUUAAUUCUGAUUUGUUUCUUCUUCUUCUUUUUCUUCUUCUUCUUCUUCAUCUUCUUCUUCUUCUUCUUCUUCACAUUUUAUUUAUUUUCAUUUAUCUUUCUCUCAGUUUUCUACGUAAUGCCUUUCCUUUUAAUUUUCUCCUUCUCUUCUUUAUUUCCAUCUUCAUUUUUAUUCACUCGUUUUCUUUUUCUUCGCGGAUUUCUUUUUAUUGA